AUGCCAAACUCGCUGGGCCAGCAGGACGCCGGCCCGAGCCGGCAUGACCAAGACCACGACAACAGUAACCACGACCACAGCAACAGCAACCACGACCACAGCAACAGCAACCACGACAGCGGCAGCACCACGGUCGAUAAGCGCGAGCGAGAGCGUCUCGACACGCUGCACGCGGCGCACACGCUCCUCCUCUCGCCGGCACACGACGAGCUCAUCUCGGCCCACUUGGCGGACGUACAUCGCUCCGGGCGGCGGAGUACGGUGCUAGACGUCGGCACAGGAACCGGCACCUGGGCAUUCGCGAUGGGCCGCCAACACCCUUUCGCGGACAUUAUCGGCGUCGACAUCAACUGGUCCGCAUAUGGCGUCCAAGACUCUCCGCACGGCAACGUCGAGUUCCGCACUGUUGACCUGAUACAUGUCAAGGCCAUGGUGAUGGACAUCCCGCACUACCCGCAGCUGGUCGAACGGCUCGCGGUGACGCUCAAGCCGAGAGGCCUCAUGAUCCUAGUCGAGAGCUCGAUGUCCUUCGAAUGCAUAGACGGCACGCCCUCGGCCGUCGUGGCUUCGUGGUGCUCGUCGCUGCGGGACGCCCUAGCCACCAAGAACUCCGAUAUCGACCUGCCGCGUAACCUCGACCGAACGGUAGCUGCCACCGGCGUAUUCACGUCAGAGUUCUUCUUCCAGGAAGUAGGGUGCCCCGUCGGCGCGUACAUGCGCAGUGGCUCGGAGCGCCUCCUCCGAGCGGGGAGGCUACACGCGUCCGUCAUCCAGCCGACCUUGUGGCGCCUGAUAUCGAGCCGUCUGGAGCCCGGACCGCGGCGGCGGAACCUCGAGAGUCUGAGCGAUGAAUGCGCCCGCGAUCUCAUAUCCCCGUCGUCGCGCUACAUCCAACGCCUGUUCGCAGUGUACGCCUUCAAGCGGCCGAGUAGCGAUCGGCUCCUCCCCAGACAUCGGCAUUCCUACUAG